CAGUUUCCAAGGCAUGGCAGCACCGAGCAUCAGGCGAAUCGGCCGCCUCUUCGCGUUGCUGUGCGCGGCCCCGCUGGGCCACUGCGUUGCGUUCGGGCAGCGGGCCGGCGUGCAGCCGGAUACCGUCGACCAGCUCAACGCGGUGCAGUUUGACAGCCGGUGCCACUCGGUCACCACGGACCCGCCGCCGGCCAUCGACCCCUUCGCGCUCGUCGAGGGGCUCCUCGAGCCGCUCGGGUCGAACGCCGCCGUCGACGCGUGCUGCACGCUCCCGCCCUGCGAGGAGCGAGACGGGCUCGUCCGCCUCUGCCACGUUGUCCUCUCGAGGUCCUCAUGACGGCGAAAAAGAAAUCGUCACGGCGGCCGGUAUUUCUUUUUCGUCCUCUCGAGGUCCUCAUGACGGCGAAAAAGAAAUCGUGGCCCCGGAGCGGUAUUUCUUUUUCGUCCUCUCGAGGACCUCAUGACGGCGCGGCGGCUCUCCGUCGCCUCCGCGCCCCUACCCCGCUGCCGCUGCGGGGCGGCGCUGCGGCAGCCUGCACGAGCUGCAGCGCCGCCCUGCAGCGGCAGCGGGGUAGGGGCGCGGAGGCGACGGAGAGCCGCCGCGCCGUC